GCUAAGGUUGAAAAGGCUGCGCUUGAACGUGAUGUCUAGGUUCAUAUCCAUUUUGGAGCUCGAAUUCGUGCCACUGUUGCGUGUGGUGAGUUGCUAGCUUCGACUAAAAUAGACGGUGGGGUGCCAUUGGCGGCCCCCUGUGAAGUGGGAAUCCAAAGUAAAGAAUUUUAAUAACCCUUUAAAAGCUCUAGCAAACCCUAGGAACAGUAUCAGUCGUGUGAUCGCUUCGGAAGUGUUAAAGUGUAUCGAAAAAAAGGGAUUUCUAUUGCCAAGCCAGCCAAGAUGGAGGGUACCGAUUCAGUGACGGAAUCGAGCGGGUUCGUGAUCUUCAAGCUGGUGCUAUCGUUCUUUCAAUUUGUGCUGGCAAAAUUCUUCGAGAAAGCUUCGAUCGCCUUCCUCAGCCUGAUGGAGGGACUGACGAUGAAAAGCACGGCCGAGGAUCAAAUAGCGACGUUCGAUCAACUCUCGACCCACUGGUGGGAACCGACCGGACCCAUGAUUCUGCUGCACAAGUUAAACAAACUGAGAGUUCCUAUGGUCGUGGAAGGUCUCGUCAAGGUGGGAAAACUCGAUCGAAAGCAACGGUACACUACCGACUCCUUGAAGGGUCUCACGAUUUUGGAUGUUGGUUGCGGUGGUGGAAUCUACACCGAGGCACUCGCAAAGCUGCACGCAACCGUAGUCGGUAUCGAUCCGGCCCGGCACCUGAUCGAGGUAGCCAAAGCGCACGCAGAGAAGCAGCCGGACAUUAAGGAACGCUGCCAGUACUACGAACAAUCGCUCGACGACCAUUGGCAGGGUGCGGUUGGCAAGUACGAUGUGGUCGUACUGUCGGAAACGAUCGAGCACAUGGUGGACCAGAGCACGCUGCUGAAGCAGGUCGCCGCUGUGCUGAAACCGGGCGGUUCCGUAUUCAUCAGCACCUGGAACAAAACCAACUGGUCCUGGCUGCUGGCGGUGGUAGUGCUGGAAAACAUCAUGAAACGACUGCCGAAGGGUUCGCACGACUAUGAUAAGUUUAUUUCGCCCGAGGAAACGGAAGCCAUCCUGGAGGCGUACGGAUGUCGCACGAUCGAGCAGAGACCGUUCUACCUGAAGUUCUGGGAAAGUGAGUGGGUCUGGGUACCGUUCAAUAAGCUAACGUAUGCGUUACACGCGGUUAAACAGUAGACUCAUGCUCAAGGUAAACGACACACGUGUGAUGAAAUCUGGAUCAGCUUAAAAUAAAUAAAUUGCAGAGGUACUGCAGAAAGCACA